AAAGCCGCUAGGAAAAGAGAGACAAAUAAAACUGGCCCUGCUAAAGAAACACAAACGACCUUAAAGAAUUGUCCACAAAAAUCAUCAAAAAUGUUGAAAGCGCACUUGGUUCCUUAUUAGGCGAAGAUACAAUAUUUAUUCCGUGUCUCCAGGGAUGAGGCUGCUCUCUCUAUUGUCCUCCCUUUCCUCAAUGCUGAUGCUUAAUUUUCAAAACUUCUAUAUUACCAAGGGACCUACGACAUCAGCCGGAGAAAUACCCAGCAAGUACAAAAUCCGAGCCAGGGAGCGCUUUGUGCAGAGGGGAGGCAUUUCAGCCGCUUUUACCGACCGCGCAAGGCGACAUUUCAUUUUCACGCGCUAUUUUGGGGAUUUUUCCUUUCAUUCGUCAGACUGCGCGAGGAAAUCGGGUUAUUGGAUCGCGAGAAUGUCAGCCACAUUUCCGGGACUGGUGCACGAUGCGGAGAUACGUCACGACGGAUCAAACAGCUACCGUUUGAUGCAACUCGGAUGCUUGGAAUCUGUGGCCAACUCAUCUGUCGCUUACUCGUCGACGUCUCCGCUCACAUACCCAGCUACCGGAACCGAAUUUGCCUCCCCGUAUUUUCCCACGAACCACCAGUACACGCCCUUACACCACCAGUCUUUUCACUAUGAGUUCCAGCACAGCCACCCGGCCGUGAACCCGGACGCGUACUCGUUAAACUCUCUCCAUCACUCGCAGCAGUACUAUCAGCAGCUCCAUCACGGCGAACCGGCAGACUUCAUCAACCUUCACAACGCCCGGGCGCUCAAGUCCUCGUGUCUGGACGAACAGCGGCGGGAACUGGGCUGUUUGGACGCAUACCGUAGACAUGACCUGUCAAUCAUGAGCCACGGCUCGCAGUACGGCAUGCACCCUGAGCAAAGACUGCUGCCCGGGGCGGGUCUGGGGCUGCCGCCACCGGGGGCCGAUGACCUACAGGGAUCUGUGGACGCGCAGUGCGGGCUUGUGUUAAAUGGCCAAGGUGGAGUGAUCCGGAGAGGUGGCACGUGUGUAGUCAAUCCCACAGACCUGUUCUGCUCUGUACCAGGAAGACUUUCUCUUCUCAGUUCUACCUCAAAGUACAAAGUCACCAUCGCUGAAGUCAAACGCCGCCUCUCUCCUCCAGAGUGUCUCAAUGCCUCUCUGUUGGGUGGAAUAUUGAGAAGGGCCAAGUCAAAGAACGGUGGUCGAUGCCUCAGGGAGAAACUGGACAGACUGGGACUCAAUCUCCCGGCAGGCCGCAGGAAAGCAGCCAACGUCACACUGUUGACCUCUUUAGUCGAAGGGGAAGCGCUUCACUUGGCUCGGGACUUCGGUUACACCUGUGAGACUGAGUUUCCAACUAAAGCCGUAGGGGAACAUCUCGCCCGACAGCACACGGAGCCAAAGGAGCAGAACGCACGCAAGAAGAUGGUGCUGGCCACCAAGCAGAUCUGCAAGGAAUUUCAGGAUUUAUUAAGUCAAGAUCGAUCUCCACUCGGUUCCUCUAGACCAACACCCAUUCUGGACUUGGACAUUCAGAGACAUCUAACACACUUCAGUCUGAUCACGCAUGGGUUUGGGACUCCAGCGAUUUGCGCCGCUCUUAGCACCUUUCAAACGAUUCUCAGUGAAAUGCUUAAUUAUCUGGAGAAACACUCGGCCAAUAAGAGCACAGGAACGCCGGACGCCAACCAGAUCAACUCCAAUUCUGACAAAACCCUUCGCAAAACCAACGAAGCAUCGACUAAAGACGGUAAAAUAGAGAAAACCGAAUGACUCUAAUACUCCGGGAGUUUUCACUUUCUGAUUGGAAUCCUGAUGGGCGGGCCUUGUUCAGGGCGUGGCUUCGAGGGGCGGGGUCAAAUGAUUUUUAUUGCAUAUUUGUUUAUUUAUUUAACUGGCAACUUUCUGUGACCUCAACUUGGACAGUCUGCCUUUUGUGGAAAUCAGUCACGUCAUUCUCACUGGCAAAACACGACCCAUUUACUUCUUUUAUAAAGUUAUUUUGCUGUAAUUAGUUUAAAUAAUAAUUUUAAAGAUUUAAUAUCUUUUAUUAAAAAAAGAUGAACAUUCCAUUUCUGGUAAGACCUCGUUUUGAGGUCUGUUUGGAGCUGUAAAUUAUUACAGGUAAUUUUCCCUGUUGCGGUUAGUUACUGUAUAUUGUGCAUGUUUGUACACCAUCUGAAACUGACAUUUCAGUGCCCACCGUCGUUCCGGAUCACAAAUUCUUGACUGCAUUUGUAAAGAAGUUAUAUAUAAAUAUAUAAAUUCAAUCUUUUCUUGUAGGCUUUGAACUACAUAUAUGAAAUAACCCUACAUGCAAACUA